AUGAUUGAGACGGAAGAAGAUUGGUCUGGAACAAAAGCCAUAGUCCCAGCCUAUCAUAACUGUCUUGAAAUGGUUGUGGCUUCACUUACUAUAAAGGAGAAAUCAAAUUUUAUGAUUUUGACACCUCAAAAGGUUGUUGCUUUGGUGCCGAAAGAAAUUCCUAACCAAAAAAAGUUCAUGAUCAAAGCUGCGGCAACUCAGGGUGGAGAUAAUCUGGUUGCUAUGGUGAGUCGAGUCAUUCAAGGACAUCACAUUAGUUUUAGCAAUGAAGAAUUACCCAUUGAAGGUGUGAUGCAUAACAAAUCUCUUCAUAUCACUAUUAAGUAUCGGGAAAAGAUCAUGAAUCGGGUAUUGAUUGAUGAUGGAUCGGAUCUUAACAUUUAUCCCCUAUCGACUCUCAAACAAUUGAACUUUGAUUUGGGAAAAGUCCGACAGAACCAAGUUAAGGUUAGAGCUUUUAAUGGGGGUCAAAGAGAUAUAUUAGGAGCUGUGAACUUGGGUAUUCGGGUAGGUUCUGUUGAUUUCGUUGUAGAGUGCCAGGUGAUGGAUAUCACCACCAGCUACAACCUAUUAUUAGGAAGACCAUGGAUCCAUAUGGCUGGAUCCGUGCCUUCUACUCUACAUCAGAUGAUAAAGUUCAUAAAGAAUGAUCGUGAGGUGGUCGUUUAUGGUAAAAGAAGUCAUGCAAAUGGUUGUGCGCCAAUUUCUGAUGAUAUUAAUAGAGGUACCGACUUCUACACAAUGGAGCUGGUAAAUGCCACUGGUGAUGAUUUGGCCCCACAGCCACCUAUGCCUUCUGUUUAUAAAAUAAUAGCCACUGUCAUGCUCCGAAGCAGUUUUGAGCCAGGUUUUAGAUUAGGGAAGUACUUCCAAGGACUCAUCAAGCCUAUUCAGAUUCUUGAUAAAAAAUUGAGGUAUGGUUUGGGAUAUGUCCCUAUAGAAGACGAUGAGGCAAAUAUGACAAACAAGAAGAUUGAUCGGAUACUAGUUAGGCCAAUACCUCACUUGUAUAUGUCAUUUCCAGUGCGAGAAUAUGUUGGUGAUGGAGAUCUUGGGGAAGGAAUCUGGAAUCUUUUUAAAGAAUUUGACACAAUCUUAGAGAAAGAAACAGGGACAUCGGACAUCCGUGAUGUUGAGCCAGAGGAGCAAUUAUCUAAUUGGACAUCCACACCGCUCUUAGUCCCUCACUCAUCUUGUAAAAAUAACUUAAAACCUGCUAAUAUCAUAUCAUGUAACAAGAUAAAUGAACAAAAUGAGAUAGAAUAUGAUGAGUUUGAGGAUUAUGAUGAAGAAGCUACAAAACCUGAAUACCUUACCGAGGAAUUGAAACUAUUUGAGAAGCAAUACAAGCCAAAUCAAGAGGAAACUAAGGCUGUGAAUCUGGGAAAUGACGAAUGUAUGAAGGAAACCAGAAUCAGUGUCCAUCUAAUAAAAGCUGAAAGAAAGGAACUUAUCAAUUUGCUUAAAGAGUACAUCGACAUAUUUGCUUGGUCUUAUGAUGACGUGUCAGGUUUGAGUAUGGACAUCGUGUCUCAUAAAUUGCCGAUCAAUCCGGAUUGCAGUCUAGUAAAACAAAAGACUCAAAAAUUCAAGCCAGAUUUGAGUUUGAGAAUCAAAGAAGAGGUUACCAAGCAAAUUCAAUCUAAAGUGGUGGAAGUGACACAGUAUCCGACUUGGUUAGCCAACAUUGUUCCAGUUCCUAAGAAGGAUGGCAAGAUCAGAAUCUGUGUUAAUUAUAGAGAUCUGAACAAAGCUAGCCCUAAAGAUAACUUUCCAUUACCAAAUAUCCACAUUCUCAUUGAUAAUUGUGCCAAACACGAGAUGCAGUCAUUUGUGGAUUGCUAUGCGGGAUAUCACCAAAUUCUAAUAGAUGAAAAAGAUGUAGAAAAGACAGCUUUCAUCACGCCGUGGGGUAUGUAUCAUUAUAGAGUAAUGUCAUUUGGUCUCAAGAAUGCUGGGGCCACUUACAUGAGAGUUGUGAUGACCAUUUUUCAUGAUAUGAUUCACAAGGAAAUUGAAGUAUAUGUGGAUGCUGUCAUUAUCAAAUCCCGUGAGAGUGCGGAUCAUUUAACUCAUUUGAAGAAGUUCUUUGCUCGCCUACGCAAAUACAACUUGAAAUUAAAUCUUGCUAAAUAUGCUUUUGGGGUGCCAGCCGGCAAGUUAUUGGGAUUUAUAGUUAGUAGGAGGGGUAUCGAGCUUGAUCCCGCUAAAAUCAAGGCGAUUCAAGAAUUACCUCCACCAAAGACUAAGAAUUACUUGACUAAUUCGUCGGUGCUAGUUCCUCUGAGGGAAGAAGUUCCAUUAUUGCUAUAUCUGUCUGUCUUGGAUAAUGCAUUUGGAUGCGUUCAGGGGGAGUGGGACGUGAAGAAUUCGAAGAUUGCACCGUACGUGAAGUUAGUGCAAAGGUUGUGUGAAAGGUUUCGCAAGAUCGAGUUUAGGCAUACCCCAAGGUUACAGAAUGAAUUUGCUGACGCUCUUGCUACUAUCUCCUCAAUGAUCAAAUAUCCAGAUACAAGUUACAUUGAUCCUGUGGAGAUAUAUUUGAAAGAACAACCUGCUCACUAUUCGCAUGUCGAAGCAGAACCAGAUGGGAGACCUUGGUAUUUUGACAUAAAAAGGUAUCUAGAAACUGGAACUUAUCCAGAUAAUGCGACUUUCAAUCAGAAAAAAGCAAUACGUCGAAUGGCUAACAAUUUCUUUCCAAGUGGAGAAACCCUUUAUAGAAGAACUCCAGAUAUAUGUCUUCUCAAAUGUGUCGAUGCUAUUGAAGCUACGAAGCUUCUCGAACAGAUUCACGCAGGAGUUUGUGGAACUCACAUGAAUGGGCUUACCUUGGCAAAGAAGAUUCUUCGAUCCGGCUAUUUUUGGAUGACUAUGGAGCAUGAUUGUUGUAAGUAUGUGCAAAAAUGUCAUUAA